UCUCCCUGCAGUGUUUUAUUGUACGAUACACAGCAACACUGUGUAUGUCUAAUAAAGAAGUUGUUAUCAAUAAUACUCCUUGUCAUGCUUACAUCCCAUUUCUCAAUGCCUAUAAACACUCAUAGGUCAACUGUAUUUGUUUAUCAAAUAAAUAAAUAAAUAAAUAAAUAAAUAAAUAAAUAAAUAAAUAAAUAAAUAAAUAAAUAAAUAAAUAAAUAAAUAAAUAAAUAAAUAAAUAAAUAAAUAAAUAAAAUAAAUAAAUUUGUCUAAUUAAUAAAUAAAUAAAUAAAUGAUCAAACACGUCGUAAUAUCAACCUCAUACCUUUCUAACAUAUUUUAUUGAUCUCGCAAUGUAAUGGAAAAUCUAUUCAUUGUCCAUUAUGGUCCCUUAAAGUACACUCUAGAAAUCAAUACAUUCAACCACACUACAGGCUAGCAAGACCCGGAGAGCGUCCUCAGUUUACAACACCUUUAUUGCGGACGGUUGUAAUCGGUCUCAUUCUUCAAUGAAUACUUUCAGGUUUAAGAAAAACUGGCGCUCUUAUGCAACAAUUGCAGGUCUUCUUAUAACUAGUUACCUAUUUGUUUCGAAAUACUGGCUAUCGACUGAAGCUCCAAACAAAAAUAUUCAAGCUGCAAAACAUGAGGAUGUUCGAAACCUUGAAGCCACCAGGAAACUCAACUUUGACAGAAGCCCCAUAUCUGGUGUAGUAGAAAACAAAAGAGAAACCAUAACCAAAAAAGCAAGACUAUCUUAUAAGUUCAGGGCUAAGAGAGCAUUAAAACGCAAGAGAAAAGCCAGGAAACCUUCGAGGGCUGUUGUAUUUGCUGGCAAAAGAAACCGAAGAAGAGAGCGCCCAUUACACAGUUUCAAAUAUGAACGGGUCCUCCGUGAAUACACGCCACGCAUUGACUGGUCAUAUUUUAAUAACAGGAAGAAAAUAUUGAAUAAUCAUUCAAUUUCCUUCAACAUACUACCGACCUGGGUUGGUAACGAGCACCCUUACCUCAUCAUCAUGGUGUUAUCACAGACUCGGUAUCACAGAACGACUAUUAGACAAACUUAUGGGAGUGUCGCACAUGGACAAAACUGGCCUGGGAGUAAUCUGACUUUGAACAUAAAAAUGAUAUUUGUAUUUGGAGAUACAGGGAGCAAGGCACAUGAGGCCAUUCUGAAGGAAGAAAGCAAAAUAUAUGGCGAUAUUUUGCAAGGUAACUUUUCUGACUCUUACAAGAAUCUUACACUGAAAGUUUUAACAGGAUUAAAAUACGUUGCGGAGUAUUUUCCUGACACACAGUACGUAUUAAAAGCGGAUGACGACACAUUCACAGAUGUUGACCGUCUUGUUAGAUUACUGUCGAAACUGCAGCCCGUGAACACAGUUCUUGGUUUCAUUCACAAGUUUUCUGUUGUUAAAAGACGAGGCCAAUGGGGCCUUUCAAGGACUGUUUACCCUUUCCCACUCUACCCUCAAUAUGCAGCGGGAAAUACAUAUGUUCUGACAAUGGAUUAUGUGAAAUGUGUUCUUAAAAAGGCUAAGUUCUUUCCAUAUAUGUUGAUAGAAGAUGCAUUCAUAACUGGCAUAAUGUGUGUUCUAUGCAACGGUACACAAUAUCAUGUAGAAGGUUUCACACACUGGAAGGAAAGGGUGGCUUCUCCCAAAUCAUUUCUGGACGGAAAAAGGAUUUCCGGAAAUAGAGUGAAGGACGAAAUAAAACAUGAGAUAUGGGACCAGUUAUUAGAUUUAUAUGGAUAGGUUUCCUAAUGCCUUAUGUCACAAUCUCCAUCGAAUGUUUGUUUUCGCUGUAAACGCUUUAUGGUUCAGAGCCAAAGCGACGUUAAACUAAGUCACCCAUUACCACAGUUCAGUUCGCAGCAAAUGUCCCUCUGGUUUUGUAAUGAAACUUUCAGCUGGUGAGUCAUGUGUGGUCAGAAGACAUUCCAGAGUUCCUCAACCUCUGCCGCGCUUCACACAAGGCAGUAUCACAUAACUAUAAACAAACAAAUCGGAUGGCUAACAAGUGAAUGAGCAAUUUAUUUGGCAUCCUGUAAUCCCCUGAAAAAUCUACAAUCUGGUCCACAUUGACCUGCUGUCUAAUGGACUGUGACGGACACUGACUGUAAACAGGACACUUAUGUGGUGGAAGAGCUAGAGCAAGGGGUAUUCCUGGAUUUUAUUUGUAGUUUCUGCGAUUUUCAACCUGUAAGCGUACACUAUUGUAAAGGUGUGAUAAUGCUAUUAUUGGAGGAGUAACGCGUGGUGGGUUUUGUUGUGACAAUGGAGUAUGAUUUCUAUUUUAUGGGUCCACAUAUUAAUUCAUGUCGUCGUUAGUUGUCAAGUCAUGUGAAUUCCAUACUAAUGGAUUAUGCCUAAUGUCUCUUAAUUACUAGUUACUAAAAGGUUAUGACUCAUGUGUUUA